AUGCGUGCACACAUGUGGACUCGACGUUGUUUAGAAUUUCGAGCCGGUAAUGUUGCACAACCGCAACGGACAGUGAAACAGCUUCCGUGCGCUGAUGAAGCUAUAGAUCUAGACCCAAGUGUCGAAUUUGCCGUUUCUCGCGAUCGAUGUCUAGUCGUACCGAGUCACGCUGUUUACAGUGUUUGCCUAGCGAGGAGGACUACAGCAGCAGUUGCAGCCUAUUUUGUCAUCACUGAUUAUCACUUGUCGAGUUGUACAGAAUUAACGUGUGAAGAAAGUGAUGUGUUAGAUUUUGAAUGGGGCACUGUGUGCGACGAUUUCUUCGAUAUCACAGAUGCUAUUGUCGUAUGCCGUCAGCUAGGAUACUCUGGUGCUGUGUCUGUUUAUCCUAAGGCUCAUUUCGGUCAAGGAAAAGGAGAAAUUUGGAUGUCCAGUGUUUCCUGUAGCGGUACAGAGUCUUCACUUGGUAACUGCUCAUUUGUUGAUUGGGGUAUCACACAUUGCGAUCACUCUGAAGACGUAGGAGUUAGUUGUUCUACGCUAACUACUUCAAAUAAAUUCGGAGCUAUACGUCUAGUUGAUGGGCCUUCAUCUAAAGAAGGACGUUUAGAAAUGUUUGACGGCACACAAUGGGGUACAGUUUGUGAUGAUGGUUUCUCGGAUUCCGAAGCUCGAGUUGUGUGUCGCCAACUGGGGUAUUCCACGUCUAAUUCAAAAGCUCGCGGUAACUCGUACUACGGAUAUGCAAAGGGCCGCAUUGUUCUUGAGGACGUUGAUUGUGAUGGCGACGAGAGUCGACUAUUAUCUUGCUUCCACGACCGCCUAGGACGAUCAGACUGCUCUCACUUCGAAGACGUUGGCGUUAAAUGCAGUGAUUCUAGUUCUGCUGCGACUGUUGCUGUCGCUGUUGUUAUUCCUCUUGUUAUUAUCAGUAUUUUUAUCGUCGUGGUUGCCGUCCUGUGUCGACGUUCUAGGGCAAGGAGAAGUACAGCUACGACAGUAACGUCUGCUGGUGGUGUUCAACAACCAGUAGUUGUAGUCGCUGAGCAACAGGCAGGACUGACUGCGGGUCCUCAACCUUCUUUUCAGCCGUAUUCCUCAUCUCAGUCUUAUCAUAACUCUCAACAUUAUUCUUCACCUCAGCAUCACCCCCUACAGCAACAUUAUCUUUCACCUAAUUUUCCUAAACAGGCUAAUAAACCAGCAGUCCAGCCGCCUCCUUACGAAAUGUCGGUACAGCAAGAACACGAUCAUCCUACACAAGUUGCUAUGUAUCGCCCUCCUCAGCCGUAUGGAUAUCGUCCAGAAACCGGAGACGAAUUUCCGUUUCAUUAA